UUUUCAGUCUUCUGUUCUCACAACUGCCACCUCAGAUGGAUUAUCACAUCAAGAUGCUUGCAGCAGUGUUACUGAUGACAGGGAUAUACACCACUGCAGGUUUCAACAUAUUGACGGAGCCAGUGCGUAAUUUUACAAACAUUGACAAACUGUUUGGACAAACCAUCAUUAAGUCAAAAAAUGGAGUUUUUGUUCCUUCUCCUACAUAUGGAAAGGUUUUUGAAUGUACACCGGAAGAUAAAGAAUGUUCCACAGUGGAUGCUACCUACCACACUGAAUUUUCAGUUAAGGGGGCGAAAGUUACCCCGAGACCAAUAACGUCCAUAUCAUCCAGCCUGAGUGAAGAGGAAGAGCAACUCCUGGUCUGUAAUCAAAUCCGGACCAAAAAGAAGGCCUCGUCGGAGAACUUCAAUGGACUUUGUGCACAUGUGUUAAAUAAAAAGGAGAAGGACAAAAUCAAUCCUGCCGACUUAGUUUCAGAGCAACUCAAGCGAGCUGCUGCAAAUGACACCAGCGAAGCUCCCUCGAGAAAGAGAAGACAGGCUGAGCAAUACGUUGGAGACGCGGAUGAGGGCGAAGACGAUGAAGAUUCUGGGACAGAGAUUGCUUUCGUGCUGGACGGCUCUGGCAGCAUUGAGCCUGAGGAUUUUACACGGGCCAAAGACUUCAUGUCUAACGUGAUGAAAAAAGUCUGGGCAUCAUGUUUUACAUGUAACUUUGCCAUAGUGCAGUUUGGGAGUGAUAUCAGAACCGAACUCUCACUGCAAGAAAAUGACAAUGUCGCCAAAGCCUUGGAUAAGGUGAACAGCAUAACACAAAUCGGGAAACGAACCAAGACAGCCUCAGCCCUCUACCACGUUCUCACAGAAGUUUUUGUUCCUGAAAAUGGAUCAAAAAAGGAUGCCAGCAAAAUGAUUAUCGUAUUAUCUGAUGGGGAAAUGAGCAGAACACCGAUAAGCCUAACAGAGGUUUUGAAUAUGAAAGAGAUGGAAGGAGUUCUUCGCUUUGCUAUAGGAGUUGGAGAUGGAAUUCUGGGCAGUUCUAAAGCAAUAAAAGAGAUGACACAGAUCGCUGGUGAUGCAGAGAGAUUCUUCUAUGUGUCUAAUUAUGCUGCCUUGGAAACCAUUCUUUCUAAAAUAGAAAAAAGCAUAUUUAACCUUGAAGGCAUUAACAAAGGCGUAGGAUUUGAAUUUGAACUCGCAGAGGCCGGAUUCAGCUCUCAUUUAACUCACAAAGGCUCUAUGCUUUUUGGGGCAGUGGGGGCCUAUGACUGGAGUGGAGGGAUCAUUCUGAAAAGGAAGGAAGAGAAGACUGUGACGUUUUUAAAUGCGACAAAGGAGGAACCAAGAUUUUCUUAUCUGGGUUACAGUGUGGCAUCUGUACACAUAGGCACUAAAACACUGUACAUAUCUGGAGCUCCAAGGUAUAACUUGACUGGUGCAGUCUUCAUUUUUGAUGGAACCGAUCAGGAUUUAAUAGAAGGAGAUCAGGUAGGGUCUUACUUCGGAUCGGUUCUAUGUGCCUUGGACAUUGAUAACAACCAGGAUACAGAUUACCUGUUAGUUGGAGCACCACAUUAUCACGAAAAAUGGGAAGAAGGCAAAGUGCUGGUGUACAAGCUGCAUCAAGGGAAGCUCGAGAAAGAAGGCUAUGUGUUACGUGGAAUGGGAAAAUACAUCCAUGCAAGGUUUGGCUCUGCCAUAGCUGAUAUCGGAGACAUUGACGGGAACAAGUACAGUGAUGUGGCAGUAGGGGCUCCUCUUGAAGCUGCAGAUGACCUGACUGAUAUCUCAGGGAGCAUUUACAUAUUUAAUGGAUUUAAAGAUGGCUUAAAGCAACAGUUUUCACAGAGAAUUGCAGCUUCAGACUUAGGCUUCAGGUUUAAGCUUGUGCAUUUCGGCCAGGCAGUGAGCGCCAUGUCCGACGCCAGAAAGCACAACAAGGAGAUCUUCAUCAGUGUUGGGAGUGAAGGGCGCGUAACCGUCUUAAAGACAGUUCCUGUCAUCAUUCUUGAACCACAAAUAUCAGUUGGUCAUACAGAGAUUUCCCUCGCUCAGCAAGGCAAAGGCAAAUCCAACGAGUUUAAGACAACCUUGAAUAUCUGCUUUAAUGAACAGAGGAACAAAAUUAUUUCUGGCGAAACACUAAAGAUUCAGGUUCAAAUUGAUAUGGACUCUGAUAAAGAAGACAAGCGACUAAUUGAUAACCAAGAAAAGAGAUUCAUAUUCAUUCUGACAAACGAACAAACCUGCCUUAAAACAAGAUAUCCUGAAUAUGUGGGCUGCUACGAUUGUUUUACACCUAUCAAAAUCAAAGUACAUUUUACUUUGGUCCCAGUCUUGGACGGAAUCCCUGUGCGAGUUCUUGAUGCUUUUACUCCAACAGAGUCCAUAAAAGAGAUUCCAUUUGAAAAAGAGUGCAAAGAGCUAAACUGCACGUCAAAUAUUUCAUUGGCCAAUUCAACGCUCAGUACCGACUUGAUCAUAAUUGGCUCCUCUGAAACCCUGACUAUGACUUUCGAUCUUCUAAACUCUGGGGACAAUUCGUAUAUGACCACUUUGACUCUGAGUUAUCCUGAAAUACUUCAGUCAAAGAAAAAUGGGGGCGGACAAUGUGAGGUGAAAAAAGAUGAACUUCAAAUAGUGUGCAAACUCUUGCACCCUGUUUUCAGAAGGGGUGCACAGAACAAGGUCACCAUCGCCUGGCAGCCUAUUGACAAAAAGUCAGACCUGAGCGACGGUACAAUCACUGCUGUUUUAACAGGUGGAAAUAAUGGCACUGAGGAACUUGACUCCAAGUCUUAUGAUUUUAGAGUAAAGAAUGCACUUGAACUUCAGCUUACUGGCACAGUCUCCCCAAACAUAAUAACUAUGGAAGAAGGGGGAAAAACCUUACCCAAAGAGCUGCAGUUCAGUUUUAAGCUGCUGGGUGAAAACAAGUACAAGGCCAAAAUAAAUGUGACUGUAACAAUCCCAAAGCAGAAAAGACAACUGACAAUAACGAGUUUCGAACCAAAGAACUGUACAAAGUUUGAUGGCGAGGACAACUACCAUAUUGAGUGCACUCUGACAGACCUGCGAGACAUAAACAUUAAGGCUACUGCUUUGAUCCACAUUGAGCAGGAUGCACGUGAGAAGAUUACUGCUACAGCAGAGCUCAGCUUUGAUGAGAACGUCUUUUACGGAAAAGACAUAAGAAAGACAGAGAAAGUCGAGGUGGCAAUUAAAAAGCUGAGGGUUGUGAAAUCAAUUGCGCCUAUCAUAGGUGGCUCCAUUGGAGGUUUUAUCCUUCUGAUCAUCAUCAUCAUUGUCCUGUUCAAGUGUGGCUUUUUCCGGCGACGGCGUCUUAUGGAACGUACGGCAAGUACACAGUGAAGAUCUGCAGAAUCUCAACCUCACUGUUCUUCCCUUCCCGACAUGCCUUGACGAACACAUCUACACAGACGUUGGAUUAUUAUGAAAAUUGUAGAUAUUGAGCCAUUAUGCAUUUUCAGGCCCAUAUCUUUACAUUAAGAAAUAUUAAGGGAUUUUAUUAAAGUGACCUAGGUUAUGUUAUUUCAUGGAAACGUUUCAUGUAUGAUUAUCUUUUUUUUGCAGUAUUUCAUAUUUAUAGACUGAAAUGUAAAAAACUUUAAUCUCUAUAAGAUAAGAACAUGGGAAUUUAAAAGAAAAUAAGUAAAAUAAAAUAAAAAAACAGGAGCAAAGUUCAAUUUUUUUUUUAAAGACUCCUAACAAACAUGCAAGCUGUUAGCUGUCAAGAAGCUUUUACUGAGAAAAUUAUAAAACAUUUACUAAUUAAACAAAGAAGCUGGUGGUGUUCUCAGAACGAAGGCCUGACCACCCCAGACCACCUCAUCA